UGACUCAUUCGGUUCAUGCAGAAUUGAGUCAAUAGCAUACCAGUGUCACUGUUGUGCUGAGAAUGGUCCACCACACAAAUAAUAUAUGAUCUGAUCAUUGGUGUUACUAAGGACAAGCUUGGUCAUAUGGGCAUGAAGGGUGGGUGACAAACUAUGCAUAGCAACAGAGGGAUAGCAGUCACUAAUUAUAUACCCCAAAGUGCAUUUAUAUGUAGGUGUACUUGAUAAAAGAGCAAAUGAACUAGGUUUUUUUAAUAAAUAUAUGUAUAAAUUGACCAAACAUUCUAGAGAUAACCCCCCUUAUCUAUUAGAUGUAGUUGUCUUCAGUGUUCUGGCCAUUCUUUUAUUUUUUCAGAUGACUCACCCAGUCACCUUAAAUGUUGGAGGCCACCUCUACACCACCUCGAUAUCCACGCUCCAGCGGUACCCUGACUCUAUGCUGGGUGCCAUGUUCCGUGGUGACUUACCAACCACGCGAGAUACUCAAGGACACUACUUCAUUGACAGGGAUGGCACUCUGUUCCGCUAUAUACUGAACUUCCUGCGCACAUCUGAACUGACUCUGCCAGGCGACUUCACAGAGAUGGAUCUCCUGCGUAAAGAAGCUGAUUUUUAUCAGAUCGAGCCCUUAAUCCAAUGCCUCAAUGACCCAAAGCCACUGUACCCUCUAGACACCUUUGAACAGGUGGUAGAGCUUUCCAGUACCCGCAAACUCUCUAAGUACUCAAACCCAGUAGCUGUCAUCAUCACCCAGCUGACCAUAACCACUAAAGUGCACUCGCUGCUGGAGGGAAUCUCCAACAAUUUCACCAAGUGGAAUAAACACAUGAUGGACACAAGAGACUGUCAAGUGUCCUUCACCUUCGGACCUUGUGACUACCAUCAAGAGGUAUCUCUAAGGGUUCAUCUCAUGGACUACAUCACUAAACAGGGCUUCACAAUCCGAAACACUCGUGUCCACCACAUGAGCGAGCGUGCCAAUGAGAACACAGUGGAGCACCACUGGACUUUCUGCAGGCUAGCUUACAAAGUAGAAGACUGACAAAGCUCCAAACUCUUCUAAACUGCUGAUGCCAGUGCUAUAAGUUAAUUAAGCUGCAUAUAUUUCAUUGUUUGUUGUAUGACCAAACUCAGUAAUGAGAGAAAAAGGGAAAAUAGUAAUGUAACACUUAUCAACCAAAUUGUUGUUUUAUACAUUCUGCUAUUUUUUUUUUUUUUUUUUGCAAUAUAAGAUCAUUCCAGGUAGUGUCAAGGUCAGGACAAGUUUAAUCCAUGUACUGUAGCCCACUAUAGGAUCCACAAAUAUGCAGACAGCUUUUAGUCCAUCAUGUAGCAAAAUAAUUAUUCAUAUAUUCACUCUAGAUUAAAAACAAAGAAUUUGCACUGUGUGCAACGUCACAAUGCUGAAUCCAUGCAUGUUAAAACAUGUACUUUAAGUAUUAAAUUGUCACGUCAAAUUGGA